AUGGAAGACAUAAUGAUCGAACAAUGGAAUCCAUCGUCGUCAUAUGAACAGUAUUGGGAAGCAUGUGCACCAAUCUAUUGUACUUAUUCGCAGAUUGCACAUACAAAAAAUUUCGUUGGAGUAUUAGUGGCACUGGUGUCCGUGAUUAGUACUCUUACUGUAGUACUACGUAUUGGUAUAAAUUUACUUGCCAAGUUUGUUAUUAAUUUAUUCAAACGAACUCCUAAAAGACAAAAUGAAGUUAAACCAAAAUUAAAAGAUCGAUUAAAGAAAAUGUUCUUGACAAUAAUAAUGCAAGCAUCUUCUGCAAUGAUCGAUUUGAAUAUAUUUCCUCUAUGGCGUUUUGGAAGUAACACCGAUCGAAUGACUGCUAAACGUCUUGGCCAAUGGUCCACUCGUCUAUAUAUUGUCUUAUUCAUUACUAGUCUUACAAUUAUUAUUAUUUAUAUUGGUGUUCAGCCUCAAAUGUUGACGAAAAGUAUUAAUGAACCAAGUUUAAAUGUCUAUAAUCGUGUUUUACGUGACCAUAGUGAUACACUUCAAUGUCCUUGUUCGUCAAUUUCGUCAACAUACAGUCAAUUUAUUGAAAUAAAACCAGUUUUUCAUGAGGUCUGUUCAAGUAUAUUUGUUUCGGAUAAAUGGCGAACUAAUCUUACGAAUGGUUUGAUUUCUGAUUUAUCUAUUUAUGAUACACACGAUUAUCGACGUUUCCUUUCAGCCCAUUUGCAAUUUCUUAAGGGUCUAUGCCAAUCUUCUAUUCAAUCAAUAAACGAUUCUAUCAAUCAAUUUCUUUCUUCUUCGUUGGUGACUACGAAUAUUAUUACAGAAACGAUUUUAAACUCACAAGUCAAUGUACUAAUUGACGAAAGUAAAUCAAAUGCUCUGGUUAUAUUUGCUCGUCUUCUCUUUUUCCUUCAAUCAGCAAACCAUGGAAAUAGACUUGUAUCAGGCUAUGGAACGAAUUUUAUAUUCGGAGGUUCAGAUUCCAUUGCUCACGGGAUAUGGUUUCGUUCAUACGCUGUGGAAGUCCUGUAUGAUAAUCAAUGUUCAUGUAUAUUGAAUAGAACGUGCACUAUUCAAGCUACUUUUAUUAAUAAGAAUUUAUCGGAAAUAAUUACCAUCAAUGGUUUAAAAAUGGGUUGUACACCAAGCGAAUCAUUUCUUCGGUCAACACUUGAAUGUUUUUACAAUUAUUCAUGUAUAAAUAUAAUUCAAACUCAAACCAACAGCAGUUAUGAAAUGAAUACUCCUCCUCUUAUCACCGGUGCGAGCCGAUUUCCAAUUAAUACAACUGUCAAUGAUCUCGUCAAUGAUCUUUUCGUUGAAAACUGGUCAAUAGCAGUAAAUUAUUCAUUGUAUUUUGACCAAUGUUCACCAAAAUUGUGUUCAUAUACUUAUAUUCAAAAGCUCAAUUCAUUCUAUACAGUGACAUCUGUACUUAGUAUUUCUGGUGGUCUUAUGUUUAUCCUCAAAUGGAUUUCUCCUAUAUUAGUACGUCUUCUAGUUGUUAUUAAUCGAUAUCGGAAGAAGCGAACAAACGUUGUUCAAUGUGAAAACAAUAUUUCGAUGACAACCAUCACAAUUGUUGACAUAAUGCCUCGUCAAAGGAAUAUUCAGCCUGAGACUAUCAAUUUACAAUCAGAAUCUAAUGAUCUGCCACCUCCGACACACUAUGGUUCAUUUCUACUAUGCUUUCACAAGUUGAUCUGUUGGAUUAUUCUGAUAUUCGUUGUAUUAUUCAUGAUCAUUCUUUCUUUUUUAACAAUAAUUCCAAAUGAAAAAAAUCAAGCUGUAAUAUCAGUGGUUUGGGUCAAAAUCGCAUCCGAUAGUGUUAUUGGUGAUGAAAACUGUGCUGGAAUUGGCUAUAAUACGUCGAUAACACUGAGUUCAUGUGAAAGUGCUUGUCUGGCUAUGGCUAGUUGUACAGCAAUCGAUUUUAAUCCAGCUACUGGGCAAUGUACGUAUCGUCAAUGCACUCCCUAUCCGCCAAAUUAUCGAAGCCAAAGUGGUUGGGAAGUAUGGGCCAUCCCAACCAGUUUGGUUUGGGUCAAAAUUGCAUCUGAUAGUGUUAUUGGUAAUGCAAAUUGUGUUGAAGUUGCCUAUAGUCCGUCGACAACAAUGAAUUUUUGUGAAAGUUCUUGUCUGUUUUUGACUCAUUGUACAGCAAUCGAUUUUAAUCCAGCUACUGAGCAAUGUAAGUAUCGUUAUUGCACCACUUAUCCGCCAAAAUAUCAAAGCCAACGUGGCUGGGAAGUAUGGGCGAUAGAAAGAGCAAUAUCAACUAUAACUAAUUCAUCAUCAUCAUCGUGUCAGUUAACGUUUGAAAAAGUCUAUGUAUAUAACAAUGUAUAUCACAUUGACGACACAUUAAAUGGGGCAAUUGCUGUGAGUGAUUUAAAUAAUGAUGGUCUAUGGGAUAUUCUUAUACCUCUUUUUCACGCUAACUCGCCCCGUAUUGCAAUACUGUUUGGAAACGGCAAUGGUUCCUUUAUAAGAUCAACAAUGACAGACACGGGAUGUGGAUAUCCUGCAGCAUAUGUCGUUGUCGCUGAUAUCAAUAAGGAUGUUCAGAUGGAUAUUGUUACUGCUUGUAUCAGAUACGAAGGUAGACUAGGUAUCUUACUUGGAGAUGGUGACGAAACGUUUCGUGAGACAACAUCAUAUUCAACAGGACGAGCUAGUAGUCCCAUAUGGCUCGACACCGGUGAUUUCAAUGGUGACGGUAACUUAGACAUUGUUGCUUCUCUAAGUGGAAUUCUCGGUGAUCGUAGUGUAGGAGUGUUGCUUGGAGAUGGUAAUGGAUUCUUCGAAGGAUGUAAACAAUAUUCGGCAGGACAGAACAGUCCUCCGAUGUCACUUGUUGUUGGUGAUUUCGAUAAUGACAGACUAUUAGACAUUGCUAUCGGCAAAUUAAAUGAGCCACGGAUCAUUGUGCUUCGAGGAUAUGGUAAUGGAAGUUUUGGACCACCCAUAGCCAAUGAACAGGAAAGCAUCAUCUUUUCGAGUUGGAUAGGUGCCGCUGAUAUCAAUAAUGACGGUUAUCUAGACAUUAUCGUCACAAACAUAGGCCUGAGCAAUGUAGCUGUACUUCUUGGAAAGGGCGAUGGAACUUUCAGACCAACAAUGACGUUUUCAACGGGAUAUUUUAGUGCACCACGCUCGGCUGCUAUUGAAGAUUUCAAUGGCGAUGGUAUGCUCGACAUCGCUGUCCUGAAUGGCGCAGUCUGGAAUGUGGGAGUGCUUCUUGGAUAUGGGAAUGGAACCUUUGGAUUACCAAUGACAUUUUCGUUUCCAUUUGGAAUGUCUUUGCUCACUAUGGCUGCAGCUGAUUUUAAUCGUGAUGGUCGGAUGGAUAUUGCUGUUGCCAUCCAAUCAUCGACGAUUAGUUUAUGUAUUCUGAUAAACACAUGUGAAUGCUGUGAACGGGAAUUUUUCAAUAUGAGUAGAAUCACUCAUCAAUGA